UGCUAGUCUGGACGUUAGUAGAAACAAGUGGCUUACCACCCCCACGGAGGUGUGACCAUGCAUCAGCUGUAGUGAAGAAUGAUAUUUACAUAUUUGGCGGCAGUGGUGGGUGAGAGAAUAUGGUAUAAUGAUUUAUAUAUUUAUAAUACAGAGAAUUCUACUUGGUCGUUGAUAAACGUACAAGGUAACGCUCCCACCGAGCGAGGGUGCCACACAUUUACCGCUCACAAAGACAAGGAUAUUUACAUAUUUGGUGGAUUUAAUGACAAUUUCCCAGGAGUUAACAGUGUUUUUGGCGACUUGUGUAAACUAAGCCUCUCCAGAAUGAAGUGGAAGUAUCCAUUGUUCACUGGAAUGCCGGCAGACAGAAGAUAUGGACAUACCACAUUUAUAUUUAGAAAUACUAUGUAUAUCAUGGGUGGAGUAAACCAAUGGACACAUUUCAAUGAAAUGCAUUCUGCCAAACUUAUUAACCCAUCUGAAAGAAAGAAGAGUGUACUUUUAAUGAUCGAUGACAUCACGCCUAAUGGAAAGUUUGACACAAUGAGUGGCACCAGUAUGAGAAGCACAUGUAGGGCACCUCCCACGUUAAGAGAUGGCACAUUACCAGGUGAAUGGUUCGCGGGAGGUGAAACAACAUUCUCGCUUGACCAAAGUGUGCCGACAUUAAUCCCAGAUGGUAACUUCCCAUUAUCACUUCCAGGAUUGGGUUCAUCUAUGCAGUCACAUCUGUCCGAAACUCAGAGUAGUUAUGAUACUAUGACAACUAAUACGUUGCCAUGCAGCAGAGGAUUGCAAACUAUGCCCUCAUUGUUGAAACAGAAUGAAGAGCAUGGUGACUUCAGUGGAGCACAAAUUAAUGCUGUCAGUCAUGUGACCAAAGCAUUUGAAAUUCUACAAACCCGUUACAAAGACAUUGAUAGGGAAAGAGAGCUACUUGAAAACGAGAAAAUGGCAAUAACGAAAAUUAGAGAAAAAAUCAUUGUAGAAAACAACAACAGACAAAAGAAGCUGCAAAAAAUGAUUGAAAGCCAGAAAUUACAAAAUCAGGAAUGGCUGAAGCAGAGGACAGCUGAGAUCGAGAGAGAAAAGCUGGAGACUGCCCAACUAAGGACCCAGUUGGAGGUUGAAUAUCAGAAGCUACUCCAGGAACAAGAUAAUUUUCGGAAACGAAAUAAACAACUGUCAGCAUUAAUGAAGGAAUACAAGUCAACACAUUCAGAUUCUACUGUGUAGAUUCUGAAAAAAAUGGGGAACAUAGAUUGGCCUGCAAUGUUUUCAUGCAGCAUGUACAAAUUCUUAUUGGAGUAUGAUUUCAGAUCAGAAUACAUCGUGAACAGCAGGAUUCAGGAAUAGAGGACUCCAUAUUAAACAAAACACAAUUCUUGAAAUGUUCAAUUAUCUAAAGAUCAUAUUUAAACAAUUUAAUGUGAAUGAAUAAUUUAGUUGUUAUGAUCUAUCAGUGCGUAUGGGGGAAGAUGGAUUUU